UACAUAGACCCAAGACCCGAUGACAAUCAAACAGGACCUGAUCCAGACAGAGGGACAAGUUAGAAUUCUGGACCUGGACGCAAAUUUCACCUUGUGUAUUCUACUCUUUUUUUUCUCAACACUAAGUUUUGUAUAUAUUUUUGGUGGCGGGACCCAAAUUGGCCGCCUAUAUCACUUAUGCAGAGGUCUGGCCCUGAGUAGAAGUAUGUACCGUAGCCUAUGUAAACGGGUAUUUAUUGAUUUUGUAGGAAUUUAUUAAUCUUAUAUUAUCAUUGGAGACUUACGAUUUUGUGGUUAUAAUUUAGCAAAUUUAAUUAUACUUUUAAAGUUUUGUCCUUGACAAACGUUUGAUAGCGUUUCUCCGGGAACUGUGAACUCCCACAGACUACUAACGUAACACCUACAGUUUUAGUUCACCUGCACACACCAUAGAGAAGGCACGGUAACUUACUGGAAAAUAUAUUUUGUCGAGCGAAAUACUAAUAGUAGAAACAUCGGGGGCACAUUUUUGACAGUAUCAACCCCAAAAUAUCUGCGAUGUCUUGGACGUACAUGUUAUCAUAUACAUAUUUCUUCAGUGUAUUUAUGUUCGGAGUCCGACCGCAAAUUGUGUCUCUGGAUCAUAUUCCUGAGAUUCUCCCCUAUGAGGCGAGCGGCAGGGUAACCAGCACUACCAUUGUGCUAGGCCAGCCUCUGUGCUACUUCAACACACUGACCCAGCUCAAAUGCAGUCAAAGCACCUGUCAAGUAUGGGCUGCCAUCGCCUCUGGACCAGGCAUCAACAACUUUGACAUUGACAAGCUGGUAGCAGUACAGAUCGUCAGUGCCUCUCCAUACCCUAUUGCCUUCAGCAGCCAGACUAAUAGAAUGUACUUUGUCACCAAAUUGGGUCGCCCUAAGGACUUCCCCUGUGGCCAGUUGCCUGGCAUCAAGUACUUCAGAGUAGGUGCGGAGGGCAACUGCACCAACACCAACUGCAAUGGGAUCCUACCUCCGGGUUCCACUGUCAGGGUGAAGUACAUCCUCAUUGAUCCAGUCUCCAGAGGAGUGGUCUCAGAGUCUAAAUGGUCCUAUCCCAUUUCUCUAACAUCAACGAGGUCCUGGUCCUCCAUAGAUGAGUGGUUAGGGAAGCGCUCUGGGGGAAUGGUGGUCAUCACAGUCAUCUCUUCCUGUCUGCUGGCUGUCCUGCUACUCCUGCUGGGAGCUGUGCUGCUACUGGACGGUUUGGGAUCAUUCCGUGGAGGCCAUGACAUCACCACUGGACCUGGGAUACUGGGACAAUACUCAUACUAACUUCCUCCACUCUCAGACCAGUACAGCACUCCUCAAGACAUUUCUGUGACCAUUGAUGUGGACACUUCACUGUGCAUCUAGCAGAGGCCUAGGAUGGAAAGAUGCAUAUGGUUAAACCUUAUGUUAAUGUUCUGAUGCCAUUUCUACAUGAACAUUGCCUUGCAAAAGUAUUCAGACCCCUUGGAUUUCUUCACAUAAUUUUUUAUUGUGUUACAAAGUGGGAUUAAAAUAGAUGUAAUUGUCAUUUUUUGUCAACAAUCUACACAAAAUACUCUAAUGUCAAAGUUGAAGAAAAAUGCAAACAUUUCUUAAAGAUUAUCAAUCAAAUAUAGAUAGACGUUGCAUCAGUAUUCACCUCCCUGAGUCCAUACACAUUAGAAACACCUUUGACAGCGAUAACAGCUGUGAGUCUUCUUGGGUAAGUCUCUAAGAGCUUUGCACACCUGGAAUGUGCAAUAUUUGCAUAUUAUUAUUUUCAAAAUUCUUCAAGCUCUGUCAGAAUAAUGGCUAAACAGCAAUUUUCUUUCCAUAGUAUUUCAAGCAGAUUUAAGUCAAAACUGUAACUUGGCCACUUAGGAACAUUCACUGACUUCUUAGUAAGCAACUCCAGUGUAGAUUUGGCUUUGUGUUGUAGUUUAUUGUCCUGCUGAAAGGUGAAAUCCUCUCACAGUGUCUGGUGUAAAGCAGACUGAAGCAGGUUUUGCUCUAGGAUUUGACCUGUUCUUAGCUCCAUCCCAUUUCAUUUUAUCCUAAAAAACUCCCCAAUAUUUGCCGAUGCAACCACCAUCAUCCUUGAAAAUAAGGAGGCAGUUACUCAGUGAUGUGUUGCAUUUAGGCCAGAAAGUGUAUUCCUUUACCAGGUAAUUUUUGUUCAGUAUUACUUUAAUGCUUUGUUGUAUACAAAAUGCAUGUUUUGGAAUAUUUUGUAUAUUUGUGUUCUUUUCACGCUCUCAUUUAGGUCAUUAUUUUGGAGUCACUACAAUGUUGUUGAUCCAUCCUCAGUUCUCUCCCAUCAGAGCCAUUGAACUCUGUAGCUGUUUUUAAAUCACCAAUGGCCUCAUGGUAACAUCCCUGAGCAAUUUCAUUCCUGUCCUACAGUUCAGUUCAGGACUGUAUCUUAGAGGUGUCUGGGUGGUUUAAUAUUGUCACGUCCUGACCCUAGUAAGAUGUCAUUUUCUAUAGUAGAGUAGGUCAGGGCAUGACAGGGGGUGUUUUGGGUUGUUCUAUGUUUUCUAUGUUUAUGUUCUAGUUUUUCUAUUUCUAUGUUGGGAUUGUUUGGGUUGAUCUCUAAUUGGAGGCAGCUGAUCCUCGUUGCCUCUGAUUAGAGAUCAUAUUUAAGUAGGGGUUUUUCUUCCUGGGUUUUGUGGGUAGUUGUUUUCUGUUUAGUGUAUGUCACCUGACGGAACUGUUUUCGGUCGUUUUGUUGUUUUGUUUAAGUGUUAUUCAUUAUAGGAAAUAUGAGCACUUCACACGCCGCGCCUUGGUCCCCGACCCACAUAAAAAUAUAUCAUGCACAUAAUUAAUAACUAGACCAUGCUUAAAGAGAUAUUCAAUGUCUGAUUAGUCAUUGUUACCCAUCUACCACUGCUCUUUUCACUGCUCUUUUGUAUGCGGCUUUUUAAAAGCUCCCUGGUCUUUGUAGUUUAAUCUGUGCUUGAAAUUCAAUACUUGACCGAGGGACCUUACAGAUGUUGUAUAUAUAGGGGACAGAGGAAGGGUUAGUCAUUUAAAAAUCAUGUCAACCCCGUAUUAUUUAACACAGUGAGUCCAGGUAACUUUUUAUGUUAUUUGUUAAGCCAAAUAUUACUCCUGAUCUAAUUUAGGCUUGUCUAAACAAAGGGCUGAAUACUAAUGCAAAAACUCUAUUUUUGUUAUUUAAUUAAAACAAAUAGUAAUCUUCCACUUUGACAUUAAGGAAUAUUUGGUGUAUAUUAUUGACCGAAAAUGACGAUCCAUUUUAAUCCCACUUUGUAACACAAAAUGUGAAGAAAUCCAUGGGGUUUGAAUACUUUUGCAAAGCACUUUUGCAAGGCAAUCUGCUACAGUACUUAAUCGAAUGUCUAUGGGAACCAUAAUUAAUCAAGUCUUUCUCUCUCCCUAUCUAUCUGACAUCACAAUCUUAAACCUUUCUUGGACUGCAACAGAUUAUUUUAAAGAUGUUUGUAUAUGUCUAAAUGUUUGAAUCUAUUUGUAGUAUAUAUCUAUUUUUGUUAUACACUGCUCAAAAAAAUAAAGGGAACACAAUGUAACUCCAA